CUGAUAACAAUAUUUAUUAAUAAUGGAAACGUCCAUGUGGCAAACCAGAAUAGCCUGAAACCAGCAACCCGGCCGCCAUUUUGCCCCUCCAUCUCUCCUUUUAUCCCUCCGACCCUAUUCUCUCUGCCGGGGGACCGCCUGGCCCUGCCCUGCCCUGCCCUGCCCUGCCCAGGUUUUGGUCAACAUAUCUCCUCUUCAAUCUUGAUUGGUACUCGCAGUAUUUUCGAAUCCCAUGUUUUCCCAAUUUUCUGGGACACCAAAGGCUUUCCUUCGUCUAACAACCUCAUGAACAAGUAAACCAACAAACAUUUUGCAUCGGACAGCAAAAGACAGCGCUACGUUCGCUACCGGAAACGAAUCCAAGAUUAAUCCUCAAACUUCCCAAAAACCAAAGUAAAGAAACAAAAAUCCAACAAGAAGGAGAAAUAUAAUGCCAUCUCCAAUCUUGCCCAUAUCAAACCAUCCGUCCUCUGCAUCGGCAGCCACAAUGCUGCUGAAAGCUGAGAUCGAUCCCGACCCAUCAACGACCCUCCUCAUUUCUUCACAAUUCGACACUGAAAAGGCUAUUCCUAUUAAGCCUCUUCUACCUAGAGCUUCAAGUUACAACAGCACAAGCAAUAUUAACAACUCUACUGCCUUCAUCAACUACCAGCAGAGGAGGCGCCGGACUGCCAGCGAUAGCUCGCUUGCUUUGCUAGCAGAUGAGAGUCCCCGCCAGUCUAUAAGCCGGGAAGUCGGCCAUGCUGCUGCCGAGACGUUUCUCAUCACUCGCUUAAGUUUGAAACUUCUAAGAUAUCUCGGGGUAGGCUACAGAUGGAUCACAAGAUUUCUUGCCCUUGGUUGUUAUGCACUGUUACUCAUGCCGGGUUUUAUUCAAGUUGGUUAUUACUACUUCUUCUCCAGACAGGUCCGUAGGAGCAUAAUAUAUGGUGAACAGCCAAGAAAUAGGCUUGAUCUUUAUUUACCUAAAGACAGCCAAGGGCCAAAACCAGUGGUAGCUUUCAUAACUGGUGGAGCCUGGAUAAUUGGUUAUAAAGCAUGGGGUUCUCUUUUAGGUCAACAGUUGUCAGAAAGAGACAUCAUAGUGGCAUGCAUAGACUACAGAAAUUUUCCACAAGGCACAAUAAGUGACAUGGUUAAGGAUGCUUCUCAAGGUAUCUCAUUUGUUUGCAAUAAUAUUGCUGAGUAUGGAGGUGAUCCCAACAGGAUUUAUCUUAUGGGACAGUCAGCUGGUGCGCAUAUUGCUGCUUGUUCACUUGUUGAGCAGGCAAUCAAAGAGGCCGGUGAAGGCGACAGUGUUUCUUGGAGUGUGUCCCAGAUAAAUGCUUAUUUUGGUUUGUCUGGAGGGUACAAUCUUUUUAACCUUAUCGAUCACUUCCAUAAUCGAGGUUUAUACCGUUCGAUUUUUUUAAGCAUAAUGGAGGGGGAAGAUUCUAUGCGUCGAUUCUCUCCUGAAGUAUUGGUACAGGACUCGAACAUUAAGCAUGCUGUUUCUCUCCUUCCUCCUAUCAUUCUUUUUCAUGGUACAGGAGAUUAUUCCAUUCCUUCAGAUGCCAGUAAAAAUUUUGCUGAUACUCUUCAAAGACUUGGAGGGAAAGCAGAAUCCGUAUUGUAUGAGGGAAAGACUCACACGGAUUUGUUUCUUCAGGAUCCCAUGAGGGGUGGCAGAGAUGAGAUGUUUGAAGACCUUGUUGCCAUCGUACAUGCUGGUGAUGAAGAUGCCCUUGCAAGAGAUGCAGUGGCUCCUCCAAGAAGACGCCUUGUACCUGAAUUCAUGUUGAAAUUGGCUCGUAGUGUCAGCCCUUUCUAGCCAUUUGACCAUUGCUCAUCUGUCAGCCCCGAAAGGCAUAUACUACCAAAUGUACCCAUGUGUAUAUCACAAUGGAAAUAUAUUUACUUUGUAGAUAAUCUUUACCAGGCUUAUUUUCCCCUCCUUUCUAUUGUCCUUGGUGAAGAGGUUACCUGGCAUCAAUUGUGGGAGAAUGGGUAUAUUACCAUAGAAUGUAGGUAGGUAGCUAUCUCUUAAAAAUUUGGGACUAAAGUAGUGGAAAACUCAACAUGGCAUUGCUUCGCUAUAGUUUUGAAGGCCCAAAUGUCAUAUUCGGCUAGGCCUGAGCCAUAUGUAAUAUUCUGUUUUAAAGGUGAGGUUAUCAUCGCUGGGGGCUACAGUUGUAGAACGUCCAGCAGCAUUUGUUUCUUCCUUGUUUUGCUCAAGGAAGAAGUGUAAAGCUGAAACCCACUAACAAUAUGAUAUGUUAGAUUGUAGACA